AUGACGAUACAGCGACGCAAGACAAUCCCUCAAGAGCUGGAUGAUCCCGAAGACGUGUGUGUAAAUCAAGCGACCUUUGAGGAUGAAGAAGACGAAGAGGUGGCAAGCAGCAGCUUGCUCGAGGUACCUCCUGAUGCAACUGGCUCUUCUUCUUGGCGAGUGGCAGUCCAACAACAGGUUCACCAGCUGCCCAAAGAAGUACGAAACCUAUUGGCAGGAGGGCUGGCAGGGAUGACUGCCAAAUCGGUGGUGGCGCCAUUGGACCGAGUCAAGAUUCUAUACCAAGUGUCCAAUGUUCCCUUUCACUUAUCUUCGGUCCCGACGGUCAUGAGACGCAUCGUUCAGACGGAAGGCGUGGAUGCGCUCUGGAAGGGAAACAUUGCCACCAUGGUACGUGUCUUCCCCUACAGUGGCAUCCAGUUUGCCAUUUAUGACAGAAUCAAGAGUUUCUUCUUGCAACAUCAUGAUCAGCAAGGACACUCCUACUUUGGAACUUCUCAACAACCCACUGACAGCAACAAAUUUGGAUUGACACCCAUGGAAUCACUCAUCGCGGGCAUGGCAGCUGGCACGUGUUCUGUCAUUUGUACUUAUCCACUCGACUUGACACGAGCACAAUUGGCGGUAUUGAAAAAGCACAAAUAUGGUGAUGAGGGUGCCAAAACCAAAUCCUUUAUGGGAGUCUUGAAAGACAAUUACCAACGACGGGGUGCUGUGGGACUCUUUCGAGGCAUUACACCCACCAUUAUUGGGAUUCUUCCCUAUUCGGGCUUGGCAUUCACAAUCAACGAACAGGGCAAGAAAGAAAUUGCUUAUGUAACCGGUAGAGACUUGACCACCAUUGAGCGCAUGAUCUGUGGAGCUUUUGCUGGCCUAAUUGCUCAGACUUUGACGUAUCCCAUUGAAGUGACGCGACGUCGAAUGCAGACACUGGGCGUUCUUGGGAAUGACAUGACGGCCUUUUCCAGUCUUGGUGGACCCGUUCCUGCUGCUACUACUGUCACGACAACGACUACUUACACAACGCCGCCCACACUAAUGAACACAAUACGGGAUCUCUACAGAGAGCAGGGAAUUCGAGGAUUCUACAAGGGAGUCCUUAUGAACUGGGCCAAGGGACCCAUUGCAUUUUCCAUUUCCUUCACAGCCUAUGAUUCCAUGCAAACGUUAUUCAUGUCCAAAGAUGAUCGAGCCAAGCGCUUGCCUCUGCGGCAGCGGCUCACAAAACCCAGCAAUUAG